CAGGCAGCCCGGCCAGUCGCCCCGCCAGCUGGAGCCCGCGAUCGCCGCUCCCAGCCGGGCCCCGGGCAGCGUCCUGGGGGCUCUCCGGGCGGGCGAGGCAAUGGCAGCGAGCAACGCCGGGGACUGGCGCCGCCUGGAGUCCGCCCUGCGCAGCAGCCUGCGCCUGCUCAGGGACAGAUGGGCACGGAGGCCGAGGCAGCGAGAGGGGCAGGGGGGCGGCGGCGAAGAGGUUUGCGCCCUGCAGAUGCUGCCGAUUGAUGUGCAGUUAUACGUUAUGUCAUUUCUCUCACCCCAAGACCUGUGCCACUUGGGAAGCACAAAUCAGUAUUGGAGUCUAGCUGUGCGGGAUCCAUUGUUAUGGCGAUAUUUUCUCCUGAGGGAUCUGCCUUCUUGGUCUUCUGUUGACUGGAAGUCACUUCCAGAUGUGGAAAUCUUUAAUAAAUCCUUUUCUGAGCAUAAUGAUAAUGCAUUGCAUGACUACAUGACAAUAUACAAAAAGAGCUGUCCUCAGAGAAGACAUUUGAAAUCAAGCCGUCCCACAUAUGGGGCUGUGGCUUCCUUUUUACAAUCAUUGGUCACACAAGCAGAACCUCGCUUUGCCCUUUUUGGACCAGGUUUAGAAGAAUUGGAUGAAUCUUUGGUGCAAAGAAUGAUGACAUGCCCAGAAAUUUUGCCUGUAGCUUGUUUACCUCAAAGACAAAUCCAUGGGAUUGGAUCAGGAGUCAGUUUUCAAUUUAAUAAUCAUCAAAAAUUCAAUAUUUUGACAUUGUAUUCAACUACCAGCGUGGAAAGGAAGAGAGCAAGAUCAGAGCAAACUGCUACAGUCAAUAAGAUGUUUUACCAAGAAAACAGUAUCGAAGGGAAUCAACAGGCAAUACACUAUAGUGUAAUUGAUCAAGUUAAAAAGGUGUGCGAAGUAGUGGAUGGAUUCAUAUAUGUUGCUAAUGCAGAAGCUCAUAAAAAGCACAACCGUCAAGAUGAAUUUGCUCAUAUUUUGGCAAUGAUAGAUCCAACUCUGGGGCCUCCAAACCGACCUGUACUGGUUUUGUCCUGCACCUCUCAAGUUGACAUGAAAAGAAUCCCUUGUGUUUAUAUGGCACAUCAGCUGCAAUUAAAUCUGCUAAACCAACCAUGGAUGGUGCAAGACACUGUAGCUGCUACUUUAAGUGGGCUAUUAAAUGGAAUUGAGUGGAUACUGGGAGAAGCUGAAUGUAAAAACUCACAAUGAUCGAUCUUGCUUGGUCAUUCUGUGUAUGGACUUCGUAAUUUUGCUCAGAGUAUGAAGUUAAUAUUUCACCCUGAAGUGGCACUGACUGAUAAAAGGUUUAAAAGGCGGCCCUCCAUGAUUGCAAAUAUUUUAAUAAUCAGCCUUCUGCCAGAGAGAGACUUGAAUUUUAACUGAAAGCAAGUUUGACUGGAUAACAACAUUUGACAAAGAAAUGGAUUUGAUUUUUGUUAAAUGUGGGGCCUUUAUAAUGCUUUUUAUUCUCAGCAUAUUCUGUAAUAUAAAUCAUACUGCAAACUUUUUAUACCUGAUUAGCUUAUACAACCUUUUCACCUAAGUGUCUGCCAUACCAGAUUUAGGAAGCAUACUAUAUGGACAUCCCUGAUGGCACAGAGAGCCACUUCUUAUAUAAUGUAGUCCUUAAAUGACCAACAGAAGAGACAUGCCACAUACCACAAUAUAUACUUAACUAAUCAUCUACUGGACCAGGUUUCCUGAAUGAUGUACAUUGUAUUCGAUAUUUGUUCCAAACACUCAUCCUGGACUAACUUCCAAAAAGGGGGAAAAAAAAUUCUCCAGCGGCAUUGCUUAGGGAAAAGAGGUAAUCUUGAAGAGGAAUUGUUAGCUUAUACCAACAUUUUUAAAAAUGAAAAAUUGAUUGACUUUCUUCCUAUUUGUAUUUUUCCUGACUGUCAAUAGACAUUCAUAAAGCCUACCUGUGUCUGCUUUCUGCUACACUGAUAUUACCCUGAAUUUGACAUCCAUCACCAUGGAACAAAUGUCCUUUUUCGUCAUCAGGACAUCCUGACCUGUAGAGACAUUAUCUGCUUCUAAGCUCUCAGCUGGCAAACCUUUAUACAAAUACUUUCGGCAGCUAGCAAAUGCCUGAAAUGUAAAUGUUUUGGUUUUUACUUGUUCUUCUGUGAAGCUGAAAUAUUUUUAUAAAAUGGAAAAAAUACCGCUA